AUGGAGUCGAGGAUGCAGGACAGCCACAAAUCCUUCCUCAUUAAAGACCUGCUCGGAGACGUGCUGCGGCCGGGGGCAGUGCUGGCCAUCGGUCCACCGCAGAGCGAGGAAGAUCAAGAACCAUUAAGAUGUAAUUCGAGAGCCAGUCAGAAUCUAGAAACAUCUGAUGCUGAGGACGACAUAUCCGUGGGCGACAACAGAAGUGAGACAUCCACGCCAAAGAAGCAGUUUACAUUUCCGAAAGAAUUCAAAAAAAAGUCGGAUGAGGAAGACGGAGAAAGAUCAUCACCAUUAGAAUACAACUUGAACAAUCAGGCGAAUUAUAGUUCACCUUUCAAAGAAGAUGAGAGUGAAUAUGAGCGGACAGAUGAACGCAUGAAGCUUUACGACACGAGCCUGUUUCACCUGUACCGGCCGGAGCGGGACGGGAAGAAGGACGAGGGUGAAGGCGCGGGCUACGAGCACAUGGGCGGAGGCCUGUCCGACAGCAUCUACGGCAGGUCUAUGGACCUGUCCAAGAACUCGUUCCAGUCGCAACUGUUGGCAGGCUUUGCGUCUGUCAUUGCUGGAAGUAGUCAGAGAGAGUCGCAAGAAUCAAACGAUCGUCAGCCUGGUAAUCGUCCAUCUGCAUCUUCGAGCUCGAGUCGCAAGCCGCGCCGCCGCCGCACCGCCUUCACUCACGCACAGCUUGCAUACCUGGAGCGCAAGUUCCGAUGCCAGAAGUACCUCAGUGUGGCAGACCGCGGCGACGUUGCUGAAGCGCUAAGUCUUAGCGAGACCCAAGUCAAGACCUGGUACCAAAACCGACGGACCAAAUGGAAGCGUCAGAACCAGCUGCGGCUGGAGCAGCUCCGCGCGCAAGCGGCGAGCGGCGAGCGCGACCUGUCGGCGCACGCGCUGCCGCUCGCCUGCGCGCUGCUGCCGCCCUACCCCGCCUAUAUGCACUGUCAUCUGUGAAACAAGAAUCCCGACAUCUCUAGUGAAGUUAUAACGUAUUUAAGUAUAAGCGUACGCUGCUAGAAGGUGAAACUACUCUUACAGUUGAUCGCCUUUCGUGCCAAAUAUGGAUUGAUAGUUGUUUUGGACCUUAUUUGAUUAGUUCCUUUUAUUGUAUAGAGUACUUGUCAUUCAGUUAAGUUCAUAAUGUGUGAUCGUAAAAAGAAGUUCAUUUCCGUUACAAAAGAAAGGUCAAAAGGAAAUUGAAGAGGAUUUACAGCAAUGUAUUUAAUUGUAUAAAUUAGUGUAAAUGAUUUAGUACAAAGUUUUAUUAUUAUGUAAGUGAGUAGCGAGUAUCUGUAGAGAUUAGACGAUAUCUUAGAAUUAAGUUGCAAAUGUUAGUGUAGCCUGUCGGCUGUGCAAUAUUUUAACAGUGUAAAUACGUCACGCUUUAAU